CGUGGGAUAGAGAGCCAAGCCCAGAGUCUCAGGGCUCCUAGGUGGCAAUCCUGGGUCACACUAGGGAGAGCAGCAAACCAGCUCCCGUCAGUAACAGCUGUCAUGUUCUGAGUACCUACUCUGUGCGAGUUGCUCUAAAAGCUUUUAGGAAUCACUUCGAGGAAUCAUCACAACCUGGGAGGUGGGCACUGUACGGUCCCUCGCAUCCAGAUGCUCAGGCUUCAGUGGGGCCCGAGCUGGGAUUCACCACCAGAACAGCCUGCUUCGGAAGCCCUGGGUCUCAGCACAAGCUACUACCCUCUGGACAGCGGUGGAGUUUUCUCUCUCUGCUCCCAGCCUCCUUCUGUGUCUUCAUUUCCUCCUAAAAGAAGGAGAGGGCUAAUUAUGAUGCCAAGUCGGCCAUGGCGGACCUGAAGUCUACUGGACAUCAGACAGAAGCUUCCUCUUCGGGGCUGGGGGCCCCUCGCCCACAUGUAGAAAGGAGGAGGGAGGAGGGAGGAAGGAACGUCACCCAACGCCCCUCACUCUCUCCUUAGCUCUUUGGAGGCCAAGUGGCCAGAACCCCUCAGCCAGCACAAGGCCACCUUGGGGACCAGGCUGGCUAGGGACAGGGAGAAGGGGGACGGUAGGAGGUUUGAAGCAGCAUUCCUGCUUCCUAGCACACUGGCUCCCUACGUUCCCAUCUGGUCAGCCUGGACGCUGCAAGACUGAGUCCACCCCAUACAAAAACAAAAGCCGAUCGUUUCCAUUAUAGAAAACCCCUGAGACUGCGGGCUGCUCUGCCUUCCCUCUUGGCCAGUGUGCCCAAGGCAGGGGCCAGGAAAAUGACAGCUGUCCUGCCCAGGGGAGAGAAGUCCCAGAGUCCUUGGCCUGGGCCCUCUCUGGGGCCAUACCCUGCAGAGCAGCCCAGAGGGCCUGGCGCCCACUUACACCCCCCUGUCUGCAGGGAGCCCUGCCAGAUGGGAGGCUUUGGCUCACGGCCUCUGCCCCAGCUCUGCAGGCCCUGUGACCUGUCCUCCUGGGACCCCCUGGCCUGUCCAAUUGAGGUGACCCUUCCCCCUUCCCAGCAGAAACCCAGACCUCUGACCCUUAUUCAAAACAAACCAAACAAAAUGUGGAAAGAAAAAAAAUCCCCCACAAACAGCCUCAGAGAUGAUCGUGUGUCUGCCCCAACACACACACACACACACACACACACACGCACACGCACGCACACACACGCACGCCCCAGCCUUAGCCAUGCAAGGCUGCAGCCAGGCGUUCACAUAAACAAGUUGUUGGAGAGUGCUUUUGUUUAUGAAACAUUUAGGUUUCCCUCAACUUCCUUGAAGGGGAGGGGGUGGGCUGUUUCCUAGUUCUCUGUCGACCAGGGAAUGGAGAGGGAGCCCGGGGUUUGGCGGGAUUUCAUUUCUCCCUCGGUGCUUGCUGCCAGGUAGAAUCUGGGGGAGCGUGUGCAAAAAAGGACCGGAAAACACAAGGGGGGGGGUCCCUCACCCCCGCGGGGAGGUCAGCACGUGGGCCUGGCCGGACCGCCCCAGGCCCGGGCUCCCUUCGGAGGCCCGGCUGAGAACACAGUGGGGACGGUGACUGAUGCGCCCCGGCCACCUCCCUCGACUCCCACCUCCGGCGCCCGGGAAACCAACGAAUCGGCCAGGAACAAAGGCGGGGCUGCCUCCCCAAAGCGGGCGACAAACAGUUUUGCUUUUUUUUUUUUUUCUUCCCUCCACACCCCCCCCCCCCCCCCCAACGACCCUAGCGCGCAGCCUGGCAGGUUUGGAGUCCGGGCGGCACCGGGGUUGCGGCGGGUACCGCCGCGACGCCCGCGCGGGGCAGGCCCCGGGGCGCAUGCGCGGGCCGGGGCGCAGGAGGCCGCGGCCGCCCGCGCAGCCUCGCUCGAGCCGGUCUCCGUGGCAACGGGCUCGCGGGGGGGAGGGGCCGGGCGGCGUGGGCUGCGGCGGCUGCUAUUUCUGCCGCUUCCUGUUCCUCGCGGCCACGUCGCCAUGGCAACGGUGUUACUCACCGCGGCCGCUUCCCGGCUCGGCUGGCGCGCGUGACCCCGGCCGCCCGCGCCCCCUCGUCUCUCACUCGCUGCGCUGCAGCUCUCCACCCCCCACCCCACCCCACCCCGGCGGCGUCCUCCUCCGGCACCCCGGUCCGUCCAGCGCGCCCCGGCGCCCGAUCCUUCCCCUGCUCCCCGCCCCUCUCCGCCGGUGCCCGCGGCUCGGGGGGCGGGUGGGAGGGCGGCAGAUUGAUGGGGGACGCUUAUUAAAAAACAUUGUAACCGUUUCCGUUUUUAUUACGUGGACAAGGGAGCGUUAUUUACUGUUAUUGUUUGCCGAGCUGGCCGCGCCCGAGCGCGGGCGGCCUCCCGGGAGCUCACCUUUCGGCGGGCCCGGGGAAGUCGCGGGUGGUGGGGGCGGGAGGCGGGGGCUGGCGAGGGGCCGCCCCGGGCGGACGCGGCCCCCCGGGGGGCCUGCCCCUCGCCCCUUCCCCCCCCACCCCUCCAGCCAGCCUCGGCCGACCCCCGCCGCGGCGCGUGUGCGUGCGCGCGCGGGGAGAGACUGCAGAGGCCGGGGACUCGUGCUGAAGGAGAGAGGCAACAAAAAAUAAAAAAAGGAACAGAUGACUUCAUUCCCGGGAAGGCUCCGUCCUACGUGGACCAAUUUCCUGGGGACUGUGGUGGAACAGCUCCGCUGCCGUUGGAAGCACUUAAAACUAAACCAGAAAAAAGACCAGAAAAUUCUUCAGCAUUGCCUGAACCCAGCGAGGGCAGACCCUUGCAGGGACAAAACCCGGCAGAGGCUGGUGAAGGAAAGCCAGUGGCUGGACUGGAAGCCUUGGAAUAGGGCGAGGCUCAGCUGGAGGCCCAGUAAGGGAAGAUUAACUCGGCGGGUCUAAGCUCUGGCUGGCCCGGCUCCUGCUCACCCCACUGGAGCCUUCAGCUGGGGGUGAGGGGGGUUGUGGAAGAUGCGGGCCGUCUGUCCGUUGGGAUCUGAUGGGCCUGGAGGAUGCCCCCCCCCCGCCCGCAAGCCCCUGCUGGGAUGCUAAUCUCAUCCUGCUAAUUAAAGUUUGCAGUUCUGUCCCUAACUCAGCUCCCCACUCUUGAACAGUAUUAGCUGAGUUGCAAACAAUUGCUGGUCCAGACAGAAGCUAGAGGAAAAAGGCCUCUGGAGUUCACGUUCUAAAGAUAAAAAACGGAUUUGAAAAAUGUUUAUGCUUAUAAACAAACGACUCCUAAUGAACAGAGCGAGUUUUGGAAACUGAAUCUUAAGAAACACCCCCCCCCCCCCCCGCCGCCCCAGCCUGUUUUGUGGUGGUUUCCCCCACCACCUCCCCUCCCCGACCCCCGUUCCAAGGACACGAGGCUUGGGAUUUGGUGGAUUUGGUCACUGCCGCCCCUCUUGGUCUCUUGGCCUCAGAUGAUCAACCAGCGCUCCCCCAGGCCCAGGAUCGCCUCUCCAGGCCGUCUGGAGUCUAAAGCGACAAGCCAGUUCCCCACUAAGACCUGUGGGUCUGGGGCGCCACAGCAAGGUAAAGUUAUCUUCAGCUCUGUCCCAGCGUCCACCAGUUUGGAGCUGCAGGAGUCCUCCCUUGAGCGCAUGAAUCAGAAGUCGGGCUCCCAGAAAAGAGAAUACCCCACCCCCCGUCCUUCCCCAGUCCUUUGCUGCCAGUGCUGUGAUAGGGGAAGGCAGGACCGCCCUCCACUCCUCCCCAUGGGCUGGCCUUCCAAGCAAAACUCAUCUCUGGGAGCAGGUUUAGAGUUUAGCUGAUGUGAAAGUCCUGCCCCUGGGCAGUGUUUGAAUAGGACUGAAACGACAGAUGACAGCCAGCGCCGUCCAGAACUAGGAGGACGUUGGAGAGGAUGCAGACCAACCGCUCCUGCUUCCCUAUCUUACAGGUGGGGCCUCAGUGCCAUCGCGAGUGUCCUCAUAUGAGACAGAAGAGAAGGCAGGGUCGACACCAAAGGGGGGAAGGCCAACUGAGAGGCAGAGAGGGCAACGCCUGGAGCCACCGGAAACUGGAAGAAUCGAGGAAGGAUUCUUCCCUGAGUGUCGCAACGGGACAUGGUGCCGCUGGCACGUUGAUUUGGGCCUUCUGGCUUCCGGAACUCUGAGAUUAAUCUUGUCAGCCACCAAGUGUGUGGCCAUUAGUUCUGCAGCCACAGGAAGCCCAUACGGCGGUGAUGCUGGCUGUGAUGCCGGGGUGGAGGCCGUGGGAGCGGUG